CCUGACUGUGACAUCAUCGCAGGUCCUGUUAGUACACUUCCUGUUCGACUCCAAGGAAGGAGCCCCGGACGGCAGAGUUCCUGGAAGCAUCCUCCUCAGGCCGGACGCCCCUCCGUGCCAGCCCAGGACACUCACAGCCCACCGGAGAACCACUCACCCCAGCUACGACCUGGACCGGCACUGCAUAAAGCUCUCCUCACUUCCAGGACAUCGCGGUCUGCUGAAAUCGCUGCCCGGAGAAGAUAUGAACAAUAUUAAUGUUAAAAAGACAGAUUGGAGCGGUGAUGAGCGGUAUAAGGAGAACAUUCCUACAGGGAAAGAUCCAAUCUAUAUUAAUGCUAAAGAUAUAAAGGAAGAAGAAGAGGAGACAGAUUGGAGCGGUGAUGAGCAGUAUAAGGAGAAAAUUCCUACAGGGAAAGAUCCAAUCUAUUUUAAUGCUAAAGAUAUAAAGGAAGAAGAAGAGGAGACAGAUGUGAGUGGUGAUGAGCAGUAUAAGGAGGACAUUCCUACAGGAAACCAUCCAGAUGACUGUACCAGGAGAUCAGAGGAGAAUCUUAUAUCUUCAGAUUAUAAAGCAGAUGAUGAUAUCACACAAGAUACAUAUGAAGAACAUUCCAUUAUCCCAGAUACACCCUCAGCCCUUCACAGCCAAGAUCUCUCAUCUCAUCCUGUUAUACAAGUCCGACCUAAAGAUUCAUCUCAGUCUGUUAAACAAAAUAAGGAAAAGCGAUUUUCAUGUCCAGAAUGUGGGAAGUGUUUUACUCGGAAAUCACAUCUUGUUCCACAUCAAAGAAUUCACACAGGAGAGAAGCCAUUUUCAUGUUCAGAAUGUGGAAAAUGUUUUAGUCAGAAUGGAAAGCUAAUUGAACAUCAAAGAAUUCACACAGAUGAGAAGCUAUUUUCAUGUUCAGAAUGUGGGAAAUGUUUUUAUCAGAAAUCAAGUAUGGUUAGCCAUCAAAGAAUUCACACAGGAGAGAAGCCAUUUUCAUGCUCAGAAUGUGGGAAAUUUUUUAGACAUAAUUUAAAUCUUGUUAUACAUCAAAGAAUUCACACAGGAGAGAAGCCAUUUUCAUGUUCAGAAUGUGGGAAAUGUUUUAGUCAGAAUGGAAAUCUUGUUGAACAUCAAAGAAUUCACACAGGUGAGAAGCCAUUUUCAUGUUCAGAAUGUGGGAAAUGUUUUAGUCAGAAUGGAAAUCUUGUUGCACAUCAAAGAAUUCACACAGGAGUUAACCUAUUUUCAUGUUCAGAAUGUGGGAAAUUUUUUACUGACAAAUCGAGUUUUGUUAAUCAUCUAAGAAUUCACACAGGAGAAAGGCCAUUUUCAUGUUCAGAAUGUGAGAAGUGUUAUACUCAGAAAACAGAUCUUGUUAGACAUCAAAGCAUUCACACAGGUGAGAAGCCAUUUCCUUGUUCAGAAUGUGGGAAAUGUUUUUCUGUGAAAUCACAUCUUAUCACACAUCUAAGAACUCACACAGGAGAAAAGCCAUUUUCAUGUUCAGAAUGUAAGAAAUGUUUUACUCAGAAAUCAAAUCUUUUUAGACAUCUAAAAACUCACACAUGAAAGAAGCCAUUUCCUGUUCUGAAUGUGGGAAAUGUUUUUUUGUGAAAUAACAUCUUAUCAAACAUCUAAGAAUUCACACAGGAGAGAAACCAAUUCAGAGCAAUAAAUGACACAGAUAACACAUCUAUAUAUUAACCAUGUACAUAGGAUAUCUGACAUUUAUACAUAUAUCAUAUACUGCAUCUCCAAACUUGUUCCCAAUUGUUAAUAAAAGUUUUCUUUUAGAACGUAGUCACCGAUCCAGCGAUGUCAUCACUAUAGUUUACAUGGUAGGAAAAGAGUGUGAUAUAUGGUUGUGAUAUUCACUGCUCCUCAUGGAGAAGACCCAACAGGCAUAAUCCAUGGGGGGCUGCUACUGGAGACCCAAACACCUCAGAGAGAAGGGACUUAUUCCAGUGAUGAAGAAUUCCAGGACAUGACCAGAUUAGAGACACAAAAUCACUUCUAUCUUCUGGCUUCUAGGACAUUAUUCUGAUGGAAGAACUUUACACAUUAUAUAAAGUCCUAUAGGUGUUGGGGAACAUUUAUAGACAAUUAUCCCAAGUAAAAGAAGUAAUACAGUAACUCACCCCUAGGGAUGAGGGAGCCGAGCCCCGGGAACCUGGAUUUAACCCCAAUUUAGCGGUUCCAGUGACUCGCAGAAACUCUGAACAUUUCCAGGUUCAGAUUGCGUGUCCCGGGUAAUGUGUGCGAUAACAACAUGAGGGAUGAAGAGCACGUUUUGGCGUUUUGGUGCCCAGAGGAAGCAGGAAGUACAGGGGCAGGGAAAUGGUAUCAGGUUGACCAGCAUUCCUUACAACUAUCACAUGAUCACCCCAGGUUUACGAUGAAAUGCUGGUUUAUGUGUAAAUCAGCUCCCAGGCCAAUAAGAGACAGCCUUCAUCUGUGGGUUCAUCUUAGGGACCUCCCGUGCAUUCCUGCAGAAGCCUCAUCGUCCACUACAAAUCCCAGCCAUCCUUUUUUCCAGGCACAGUACAACUGAUUAAAGCUGUGGGCUGACCUGUAUUAUAGCAAUACAUAUUUAAAUGACUGUAGACGCAUCACACACAUCUUAAACAUCUUACUUACAAUUAUAGGGUUUAAGCACACACACACAGUAUAUCUACCGGUUGUAAGAUAACAGCACAAGAAAAGUGCAGACAAAUAACAUGCAUUAGCCCUCCAAAGCUCCUGUACGUCCAUAUUCUUGGUUUAAUCAAACACAUGUUGUAUUUCCCUGGUUGUACAGUAAAAAAUACAUCGCUGGUGAGCGGUGAGGCUGACAUGCCGCCUGCUCCCCCAGUUUCAGAAGUGAAACCUGAUGCGAUCAAUCCCUCAGCCCCUGUACUACUACUCCCAACAUGGAACAGACUCUGUUCAAUGAUGGGAGUAGUAGUACUAUUGCUACAGUAGUCUCCCCAGCCGCCCACAGACUCCUGCAGCCAGGAAACUUCUACUCCUAUCAUGGAAACAAAUCUGUUCCAAGAUGAGAGUUGUUGUGUAGUACCGCAGCAGUGCAGGAGUCCCGGAUAGCUGCGAAGAAAAGAUGCAGAGUCUAUGUGAACAUUUCGGCACAGAUUCCCCACAAAUUCUACAUCUUUUUACCAUCUGCAGAAUUCUGCACUGAACCAAUGCGGAUAUAGAAUUCAUGCAGAUGUGCGGAAUUUACAUCGUGUGAACACGGCCUAAGUCUUCUGAGAUAAUGACCCCUAAAUCCCUUUCCCCAGACACUGAGGUCAGGACAGUAUCACAUAUUCUAUAUUCUGCCCGGGGGUUAUUACCCCCCAUUAUCUUGCACUUCUCCACAUUAAAUAUCAGUGUCCAGAGUUCUGACCAUUCCUCUAGAUUAUAUCAAUCCUUUCCCAUUUGUCGUAUCCCUCCAGGAACAUUAACCCUGUUACAAAUCUUUGUAUCAUCUGCAAAAAGAACAAUACUGAACCCCCGAGACCUUCUGUAAUAUCACAAAUAAGAAUAUUACACAAUGGGCCCCAGUACAGAUCCCUGAGGGCCCCACUGGUAACAAGACCUUGCUCUGAAUAUUCUCCAUUGACUUCAACCCUCAAUACAAUACAAUAUGGAGUCCAAGCCCAAAGACUUCUAUGUGGACAGUGUCAGAAGCCUUAACCUGGGAUCAGUGGAGGAGGAGGAAAGCAUAAGCUACUUCCACCGACCAAUCCUGGAAAGAGCGUCUACUCCUGUCAGUCUCUGGGAUUUGGCGUAUUGCCGCUCCGAGCAGGCACAUCUAAAGGCACCACAUAGCAGUCCUUAAGUGGCUGAUCGGCAGCGAAAACUACGCAGUGGAUCCACCCAAGGGGAC